AUGUUUGGUAAAAACCUAGACGUCGACAUAGGCAGAGGUCUUUUAUUGUACAUAGAUAAACAACUGGACGCAUCACAGGUCCAUAUGAAUACAGAAUUCCAAGAAAACUUAUUUAUUAAGAUCAAUUUAAAUCAGUCAGACCAGCUAUUAUUAGGAUUAAUAUACAGGUCACCAUCAAAUAGAUCACAGGAGUACACUAAACAAUUAAAUUUACUCACUACUGAAGCGUGUAAAAAAGGCUACUCACAUAUCUUAAUAAUGGGAGAUUAUAAUUAUCCAGAAAUAAACUGGGAUAGUUGGAAUUCACCAGGUGAUAGUACAGAAAGUAAUGAAUACAGAUUUUUAGAAAAUCUACAAGAAAACUUCUUAUUUCAACAUGUUACAAGACCAACAAGAUGGAGAGGCACCAAUACACCACAUACCCUGGACCUGAUUUUAACCAAUGAGGAGAAUAUGGUCUCAAAUUUAGAAUACCAAAGUCCACUAGGAAAAAGUGAUCACUGUACCAUGAAAUUUGACUUCAAUUGCUACACAAAUAUUAAUAGCAAACCUAAAUUAAUUAAAUUAUUUAGUAAAGGAAACUACAUAAAAAUAAAAGAAGAAUUAAAUAAAAUUAAAUGGCCAGAAUUACUACAGAAAGAAAAUGAUAUAAAUGAAAACUGGAAAUCAGUUUUAAGUAUAAUUCAAGAUAUGGACAAAAAGUAUAUACCAACAAAAGAAAGGAAACAAAUCGGUAGAGGGGAAAAUAAAUUCCCAAUGGACAAGAACACCAUAGAUAAAAUAAAAAGGAAAAACAUCCUGUCAAAAAAGAUUACCCAUAAUAACGACCCAGAAGUGAGGAAGGAAUACAAUAAGAUAAGGAAUCAAGUAAAAAGUAAGGUAAAUAAGUUGAAGAGGGAAUAUGAGAAAAAUCUAUCACAGAAAGCUAAAGAAAACCCUAAAGCUAUCUGGAGCUAUAUCAAGUCAAAAACAAAAACCAAAGAAGGAAUUGGGGACUUACAUUUGGAUACAGAAGACACAAAAUCAGAUAAAACGGAAGAUAACAGCAAAAAGGCCAAAUUACUAGUAGAAUACUUUUCCAGUGUCUUCACAAAGGAACCUGAUGGCGAGGUACCAUCACCAACGCCUGUAUUAGUAAUUAAUGAUAUGCCAUAUAAAAAAAUUAAGGAAGAAGUAGUGCUGAAGCAUUUAAAUGCAUUAAAAAUAGACAAAUCUCCAGGGAUGGAUAAACUACACCCCAGACUGUUAAAAGAGAUCGCUGAAUCAUUGGCAAAACCUCUAUGUAUCAUUUAUAAUCAAUCACUUGAAAGAAGGUCAACUGGUCUCCAAUUAUUAGAAGUGAUUGAUAAAUGGACAGAGGCACUAGAUCAAGGAUUAGACAUAGACUGCAUUUAUACAGACUUUAUGAAGGCCUUUGAUAAGGUACCAUAUAAAAGAUUAAUAGCCAAAAUCAAAAAUCUAGGUGUCCAUGAAGAUAUAGUAGGGUGGAUAACGAGCUUUUUAGAAGAUAGGAAACAAAAGGUCGUAGUGAAUGGUGAAGAGUCAGACUGUGCUAACGUUACAUCUGGGAUACCCCAGGGAUCAGUAUUAGGACCACUCCUAUUUGUUUUAUAUAUAAAUGAUCUCCCAGACCAAGUAGAUUCUGAUGCAUACCUAUUUGCAGAUGACACUAAGAUCUUCAGAAUAAUUAAAACACAAAAUGACAGACAAAUUUUACAAGAAGAUCUUAAUAAGAUGGAAUCCUGGAGUGACAAAUGGCUACUAAAAUUUCACCCAGAAAAAUGCAAAUAUAUGAAAAUAAGUAAGAAAUCUAAUAGCACUGACCAUCCACCAAUCUAUAGCCUACUAAAUCAUCCUAUAGCACAAGUUAAAGAGGAAAAAGAUAUUGGAGUUCUCAUUGAUGCAGAACUCACAUUCGAAAACCACAUUAGUGAAAAAGUAAACAAAGCAAACUCCAUAUUCGCAGUUCUUAGAAGAACAUUUAAAUACCUGGGAAUAGAGACAUUCAUGCCACUUUACAAAACCAUGGUUAGAACACACCUAGACUAUGCCAGCUCAGUAUGGUCCCCAUACAAAAAGAAAGAUAUAGAUAAAUUAGAAGGUGUCCAAAGAAGGGUAACAAAACAACUACCAGGACUAAAAGACAUGAGCUACCCAGAGAGACUAAAAAAACUAGGCUUACCUACAUUAUCCUAUAGGAGAAUAAGAGGAGACAUGAUCGAAACCUUUAAAACAAUGAACGGAUACUACGACAAAGAAGUUAGCUCAUUUUUAAGAAAGGCAGACGAUUCUCAACAAAGAUGUAGUAGUAGGACCAACAGUAAUAAAGUAGUUCAUCAAAGAUUCCAAUCUAAUAUCCGUAAACACUCUUUCUCUGUUAGAAUUGCUAAAACCUGGAACAAACUACCAGAUAAAAUAACAAAGUCACCAUCGAUAAAUGCAUUCAAAAAUCGACUAGACAAAUAUUGGUCAGAGAAGAAUUAUACUAUAAUGACUAUAGAGCAGAAAUAUCCGGAAGUCACGGUCAAAAUAGUAUAA